AUGGAAGAAAGCUCGAUUUUCGACGUUUUUUUGAGAGCAACCAGAAUCCGGCAUCCGAUUGCGAAGACAACAACGACACGAGCUGUCCUCAUGAGAAGUCGGAUGGAUCAUCGUGAGAAGUCGCAUGGAUCAAAUGGGUUUAAUAAUAAUUGUUAUCUCUCUUGUUAUAUGCCAUGA